AUGAAGUGCCUUUAUUGGAAUGUAAGAGGGUUUGCUAAUCAACCCACAAAAUUAGCAGUCAAAAGGCUAAUUCUGAAACAUAAACAUGAUCUCUGCUUCUUAGGAGAACCUUGGAUGGCUUUAGAUAAAAUUUCUCCAGCUUUUUUCUCUAGACUAAAUCUCAGAAUUUUUACUAUGAGUCAAAGAAAUGGUCUCCUCCCUAAUCUUUGGUACCUUUAUGCCUCUCAGUUAGAUCCUCAAAUUAUCCUCCAAGAUGACCAACAUGUUUCUUUUGUCAUCAAUGAUGGCCCUUACAAUUUUGGAAUGGUUGUUACCUAUGCUUCCACUAGUUAUAUCAAAAGGAGAGAACUCUGA